AUGCCAUCCGUGGCUCAUGUCCCUGGCCAGCCUGCUCGGGUAGACAGGCAAUAUUGGUUUAUGGGAAGCGGUUCUCGAGCAGGCUCCGACAGGUGUCGCUCUAUCGUUGAUAGACUCGCGGCCGUCGCCCUCAAAAGUUGCAAGUGGUGUGUGAGAGAGCUCUGUCAGCCUGCGCCACACGUCGUGUGGCCACAGCAGACACUUGUCUUUCCUUACGAGCACACAGGCGCAGCAACAACAACCUCUACAGGCGACACCACGUUCCCAGCUUGGCCACUUCCGGGCUUCGGCACAUUCCAAGACACCACAUGUCUGCGCCAGACCGCCCAACGCGCUGAGACAGAUGUCUGGCAAAGUCAACAACAAGGUCCUUUACUGGCGAGUGCUGUCGUCGGUGCCUGCAAUUCACGACUGGACGCAUCGCUGGCCGCCGCGGAGAUGUCUCAGGACCACCUGUUGUCGCUGAGACGAGCGGAGGGCGCCACGCGAGCUGGUGGCGUCGGCAGCGACGCCCCGACAGAGCCGUUCUAUCCGAGCGUGCAGCAGCUGGCUCGUUGCCUCCAAAACCUUAGCUGGACGCUUGCGCGGCGGUCAACGUAG